CCUGAUCACCGUUCUUGUCGAUCGGAAAAUCAAAAUACCAGCGUGAUAUUGCCGCGAAGAUGAAACAGUUAUGUUACUUGAUUCGUGCUUCAUAUUCGAGUCGAAGCUUGGGUGGCACAGGUUAUUUCUUGCGGUGGAAUCGACGAGGGGAAUUCAGAAAGUUGUAGUGUUUGAAUUGUUGGAAUAAAUGGUCGCAUGGGGAUGAUUUACCUGCUUGAUUUAUAUCGGUUACGCUUCAUGUUGACAAGUCCCUCAAAAUGACGGCCAAACUUGGAGAUUGCCGAAAAUUAGACAACGAAUAUCAUGGCGAGCGUUUGGUUCCUUACGGUUUUGUGUGCCAUUCAAUCUAUUGUCCUCACAGAUGCCACUCAAAAUGAAUACAGCGACAGAUCCGAAUCACUGUUGGCUUUCUUGAAACAUUUCAACCAUAGCAGACAUCACGUGACUAAUCCCGAAGGAAAGAAGAAAGCGCAGGAGUUCAUUCAUCAAACUUUCCAGGAUUUGGGCCUUGUCACGUGGCUUGAAAAAUUUGAACCAGAUUAUCCAAAGUACGCGACUGGAGAAAACAUAAUCGGAAUGCUCCCUGGCAAACUCGCUGGCUCGCCAAACGACAGGUUGUUUCUGAUCGGUGCUCAUUACGACACGAUGCGAACUACCUUACAUGGUAGUGACGAUAAUGGCUCAGGCGUGGCUGCUAUGCUUCAGGUUGCUAAGCAGCUCGCCAAAGAUUUCUCCAGCUGUACCCGUAGUUUCAGCGUCAUGUUCGUUGCAUUUGACUUUGAAGAAUGGGAAUUUGAUUGUUCCAACCAAAGCGUCGUGCCCGAAUGUGCUUGUGGCUCUAUCGACUGUGGAAGUCGCGCUUUUGUCGCAAAUUUCACCCAAUUUUACAACGGGUCCUUAAACUCAAACGGAAAGCUUCAGGGAGCGAUAAUCAUGGAUACAAUGUUCAAUUAUAACACUACGCCUCAUUCGCAGCUUCUCCCAUCUGGAGUAGAACGUCUCGCACCAGAAAUUUACCAUCAGAUCAAAGAGGACGAGUUUCGAGGGGAUUUCCUUUCCAUGGUUGGACGACAAGUGGAUGAUGCAGCGCUUCUGAACUCAUUCUGGUAUCAUUACAGUCAAGUGAAAUCUGCUCUCGGGGACAAAACUGCAAUGUAUCAAGUAAACCUUCCAUUUCAAGGACAGCCAUCAAAACUCCCCCCCUUUUGGCAAUAUUACCUGCUUGGGGAUUUCUUACGUAGUGAUCACGUGUCUUUUUGGGACCAUGAUCCGUCAAUGAGCGCCAUCUUCCUCAGUGACACAGCUGACCAAAGAAGCUACAUGAAAUCGUGUUACCACAAAAACUGUGACAGCCUGAGUCAUGUGACGUCUGAAAUGCUUCAGUUCCUACAGAAGACCACUGACACAAUUCUAGCCACAGUUAAUGACGUCACCAAGUUAUCGUGCAACGGCAUGACCAUCACGACUACCACUACCACUACAGCUUACGGUAUGAAAGGAUGGGAGAUUGGCCUUUUGGCAUUUGGAACGUUUUUGCUUGGCGCGUUAAUCGCUGGGGCAGCAUUUGUGUUUUACCUUCGCUGGUUCAAGAAAGACGCAUCAUUUGUCAGCCAAGAUCACUUGCAAUCAGGCUUCAAUACAAACGUCAUCUAACCCUUUAUCAUUGCACAAAGUUCACGAACGUGGCCGUCUCACAGGUUGCUAAUGGGGAGUCUUUUGCAGCACUAACUGAAGAAACUGGGCGCUCGUUUUUAAUCUUAAAAU